UUGCGGCGCCGCAGCGCUGAGGAGGUGGAGGCGGCGGCCGGGGCCGAGUAGUCGCGGCGGGGGCGGCGGGGCGGGUUCCGCUGAGGCGGCUCUGACCGACUUCGCGUCCCUCCAUCAUGUCCGACGCGGCGGUGGCCGACACGCGGCGCCUGAACUCGAAGCCGCAGGACCUGACGGACGCCUACGGGCCGCCCAGCAACUUCCUGGAGAUCGACAUCUUCAACCCGCAGACCGUGGGCGUCGGACGGGCCCGCUACACCAGCUACGAGCUCCGCAUGCGAACAAACCUGCCCAUCUUCAAGCUGAAGGACUCCUGCGUCAGGCGGCGAUACAGUGACUUUGAAUGGCUGAAGAACGAGCUGGAGCGGGACAGCAAGAUUGUAGUACCUCCGUUGCCGGGCAAGGCCUUGAAGCGCCAGCUUCCCUUCCGGGGAGACGAGGGCAUCUUCGAGGAGUCCUUCAUAGAAGAAAGAAGACAAGGCUUAGAACAGUUCAUCAACAAAAUCGCUGGACACCCGCUGGCACAGAACGAGCGCUGCUUACAUAUGUUCCUGCAAGAAGAAACUAUCGAUAGGAAUUACGUUCCGGGGAAGGUCCGCCAGUAGGGGAGAAUGGGCUCCUCCAUUUUUUUUUUCCUCUCUGCAAAAAUGACAUUUAUUUUUACACUUUCUUCUGAACCAGCUUUUUCCCCCCUCUCUUUCUGAACUCCCCUACUUCUCCAGUGUUGCCCAUCACGCCAUCCCAUUCCACCCUUUGUCAGACAGCCUUGACAAAUUCUGUUGGUUUCGGUUUCUGCAUGAAAGGUGAGGAUUUAUGAAUAGCUGUACUUAUCGGUGGGUGUGUAAAGCUUGCCAGGAACUUGUGUAAGAAUAUACACUAGGGAUCUGAGCCUUCUGCUUUUGAGUAAGGAAGUAGGGAGUUUUCCUGCCUGGACAGAUGUCCCCGGCACAGAACUUGGCACAGAAUCUCUCUUGCUCAGAGCUGUUCUUUCUGUCAAUAUUAGUGUCUCUCGGCCCUGAAUGAUUAAAGCCAGUUUCUGCUUUCCA